GUGAAGGGAGGCAAAGAGGGGGUGGGGGCGUUGCUUUCCCGAUGCAGACCCCCCCUUCCUUAUUCACAGUCGAGGAGAGCGCUCUCCAAAGCUGACUGGAGCAGCGGCCAGCCAAUCAGAAGCCCUGCUGCCUGCUUUGUCAUCGAGCUCUGAUUGAGGAAGGAUUCGCUCUCUUGCUCUGUGUUUGGAAGGCAGAUAGGAUGCCUGGUCAGUACAGCCUCCAGGGAUAAAGCUGCUGCCCUGUGAUGUGAAUGAACAGCAGCAGCUCGCUGAGGAGAAAGCACGGCACAUCUCUCCGCGCAGGCCCAGGGACGCCGCACCAGGCCUUUUCCUUGCUGAUUUCUGCUGAAGGGGGGUCAUUGCAGUGCCCCAGUCCAGCUAUUUCCGUUGCUCAUCACCCUUGUUUUUUUGUGCUGUUUGGAAUAUUGGCCCUCCAUGUACGACAACUUGUACCUGCAUGGAUUUGAAGACUCGGAGGCGGGCUCAGCUGAUUCCUACACUAGCAGACCAUCAGAUUCAGAUGUCUCUCUGGAGGAGGAGCGUGAGGGUGGACGGCAGGAGCGUGAGCAGCAGGCUGCCCUGCAGUUGGAGAGGGCCAAGGCCAAAGCAGUGGCCUUUGCUGUGAAGACCAAUGUUUCCUACUGUGGUGCCCUGGAUGAGGAAGUCCCUGUAGCAGGAACCGCCAUCUCAUUCGAUGCCAAGGACUUCCUCCAUAUCAAAGAGAAGUACAACAAUGACUGGUGGAUCGGCCGACUGGUGAAGGAGGGCUGUGAGAUCGGCUUCAUCCCCAGCCCUCUCAAACUGGAGAACAUCCGCAUCCAGCAAGAGCAAAAGCGGGGGCGCUUCCACGGUAAGUCCAGUGGGAAUUCCUCCUCCAGUCUAGGAGAGAUGGUUUCAGGUACUUUCAGACCCACCCCUCCCUCUGCAGGAAAGCAGAAACAGAAGGUGACUGAGCACGUUCCUCCCUACGACGUGGUGCCCUCCAUGAGGCCCGUGGUUCUGGUCGGACCCUCCCUGAAGGGAUAUGAGGUGACAGACAUGAUGCAGAAAGCACUCUUUGACUUCCUGAAGCACAGGUUUGAUGGCAGGAUAUCGAUUACAAGAGUCACAGCAGACAUUUCACUUGCGAAGAGGUCUGUCCUGAACAACCCCAGCAAGAGGGCCAUCAUCGAAAGGUCCAACACCAGGUCCAGUCUAGCGGAGGUCCAGAGUGAGAUUGAGAGAAUCUUUGAGCUUGCAAGAUCCUUGCAGUUAGUAGUGCUGGACGCUGACACCAUUAACCACCCAGCACAGCUACUGAAGACCUCCCUGGCCCCAAUUAUUGUGCAUGUCAAAGUCUCCUCUCCCAAGGUCCUCCAGCGACUCAUUAAAUCCCGGGGGAAGUCCCAGAGUAAACAUCUGAACGUGCAGCUGGUGGCGGCGGACAAGCUGGCCCAGUGCCCCCCGGAGAUGUUCGACAUCAUUCUGGAUGAGAACCAGCUGGAGGAUGCCUGUGAACAUCUGGCUGAAUACCUAGAAGCCUAUUGGCGUGCCACCCACACUUCAAGUAGCACCCCUCUCAACCCCUUGCUGGGCCGAAACCUGGGCUCCACAGCACUUUCCCCGUACCCCAGCGCCAUCUCUGGACUGCAGGGCCAGAGACUGAGACAUGCCAACCACACGGGCGACCACUCGCCCAUCGAACGCCGCAGCCUGGUGACCGCCGAUGAGAACUACCACAAUGAGCGCGCGCGCAAGAGCCGCAACCGCCUGUCCUCUGGCUCACAGCACAGCCGGGACCACUACCCCCUGGUGGAAGAGGAGUACCACGACCCGUACCAGGACACAUACAAGCCACACCGCAACCGCAGCUCCCCCGGGGGCUACAGCCACGACUCCAGGCAUAGGCUCUGAGCGGGCCCACUGGACCGCCCCGGGCCUCCCGCCUCGCCAACCCAGUACCACGGAGCCGAGAUGGCCCCCGUCCAGUCGUGUCAGUCUAUCCGUACGCGUGAUGCAGCCUUUCCCUCUGGCACUGGUUCUUGUCCACACAGCAAAUAAAUCUGCAAGCCCAAUCUGGACGCGUCUGUAUUGACACGGUGACACCAAACUGAUCGAAAGCGAAGGGGAGGUGCCUUUGAUGGCGGCGAGAGAAAAGGCGAGGCUGCGUUCACCUUGUUGCGGCUUCAGGCAUCGUGAGAGAUUUGGUGGCUGCUAGGCGCGUCCAGGCGGCACGGGGCUCCCCUGCAUCCGCAGAGCCGGCCGCCGCCGUGCCCCGCCACACCGCGAACCAGUGCCAGCAUGCGAAAAGCGCACACAAAACACAGCGGGCACCCGACCUUUUGCACGUUUACGGGGUCGGUGGGGACGGAGCAUGACACAUUGGUGAUGUCCUUCAUUGAAUUGGUCUGUCUCGCUGGCUGGCGCGUCCCAAAACCCAGAGGUGCGGCACAGUUUGCGUUUCCCAGUGUAAUAUUAAUGGUUGUGACCCUCCUAACGCCCUUAGUUUCUGUAUUCUCUGCCCAAUGACACCUAGUGCUAAUGGGGAUGCACCCAGGUCUUGAGGUACCCCUUUUUCCUGCCUUUCCUCACCACGGGGCAGCUCUUUCCAAACGGGAUACCCAGCAACAUGCGGGUUUUGCCGACUGGCCCACGCUCCAUCUCCAUGUUCCCACUGAGGACAGGGCAGACCCUUCCUCUGCAUCGCAUCACACAGAUGUCAGAACUCAUAAGCUGCUCACAGAGGGGAUAAAUUCAAGGUAGCUCAUUGUAACGGAGGUUAGGCAUCACAUCAUAUGCCUUUCUUGGCUCGAUGUGCUCAGAACCUGCCUAGGAGACAUCUGCUGCUCUUUCCCAAGGAGUGAGUUAAAGCCAGACAGAUACUCUCGCUGGCCUGUAAUUCAUAACUGCUACCUGUUGGUGUUGUAUGCUGUUUGCAUCAUACUGUGUUCACUAUAUGCCUGGCAUUUCCCCAACAUACAGAACAUGACAUUACCGUUAUUAAAAAGUAAAAGGGUUAGAGGUGGACACACUGUCAGAGGAAACAGUGAGUUUCUUCCCCAAGGUAGAAGGCCAAUCAGAAUGUACCUUUUCUGCAUCAGUGUCACUUUGUACCUGUUUAUACGAUGUUGUUUUACACAGCGCUGCUUUCUCAAGCCUAGCACAGCAUACAGCCCCCAGAUCCGACCUUUUUCAGUGAAACUUCACAAUGCUACCAUGAUCAACGAGUAACAGAGGAGUAAUAUGAUGUUUGCCUGCUCGUCCUGUCUAUGUGAAGCAUCUUCUCGGUGGUAAUAAACAGGUUUUUGAAUAAGUUCAUUUGACAGAUAGCACUCAUCGCUGUAUCAAACGUGGAAGGUGCUUAAAACACUGGGCAUCGGUUUUGAAUCUGCUUUUGCUGUUAAAUAUACAGAGAUUUACAACAUCUCACAGCUCUCCAUCAUCUUUUGUAAGUUCAAAAACAUACCGGGAAACAAAAAGUUUACUUUCUAAGAUGGAAAAGUUGGUACUUAGCACCAUUUUGCCUGGGUUGCAUUUUUGUUGUAAUAUUCCCAAACUUUGUUUGUACUUUGCUUUUUUGUGACUAUAUUUCAAAGCCUCGUUGAAGUCUUCCAUGUCCUGCUUGUAACUUAGUAAAAAAAUUGUCAAAAGCU